AUGGCCAAGAUAGCUUUACUUGUGUUGAUAUGGCUUGAUGCCAUUGCGACGGCGGUUGGCCCUAUGCGCGUCAAUUAUCUCAGGGAGAGCUGUCUGAUGAUCGGUAUCAAAAUCACGUCGAUAGAGACCCUUGGUGGCAAUCUUCCUCAAUUCAACUCGCGUGUGGUCUUUACGAAUGAGAUUGAGGCCCACGAAAUUCUGUUCCUAAAGCUUCACACUUCAUAUCACUUGCUCCACGCUUCCGCGGUUCUUUCUUCGAUAUGUUGCUUUGCUUUCAAUCAAAGUCUCGUUUCAAGUUUCAUCUGA